AUGUUAUCAGAUUUUCAAGACUCGGUCAUUCAAUAUAAUAUCGUUCCACAAGUAACAGCUAUUACAAUCAAGACAAACCUGACGGAGGCAAAAUAUCAAUUUGCCAAAGGUAUUGCUCAAUUUUCCAUGUAUUUGGAUCACAAACUGAGAUGUAAUUGUAGACUAGAAACUACGGAUACAGCAAAAACUACCUGUAUCAAUAACUAUUCGGAUUUUGAUGUGAAAUCUUCAACAACAGCCUGUGCCGUUUGCAAAGGAGCAGUUCAAUAUUUGAAAGCAUUGAGGACUGUCGAUUCAACAAUGAGGUGCUCGGACUCGAUGAAGGAUAUUUGCUCUCCAUUCAAUGAUGGGCUUCACUCUGUUGGGCUCGCUUGCAGACUUUCAACAAAAUCACUGUGUGGUAUCACCUUAAUGGAGCAAAUGGUUGAUUCUCAAUCAAUUUCUGAAUUUUGUAGUGGCCACAGUUAUUGUUGA